CCCCGAGAGCACCCAUCUAGCGCACACAGAAGCAUAGAGAGAGAGAGCAAUUAAGGCAGCCACUUUUGUCUUUUAUAUAUCAAUAUACAUUUAUAGUUAAUUAUCUACAUAUAGAGCACUGUGCUACAAAAUCUUACUAGUUGGUACUAGCUAGUGUUGUAACAAACAAAAUGGUUAAGCAUGGCGGCGGCUUCUAUCUGCUCCCACUACUCGUGGUGAGCCUUUGCAUUGCAGCAGGCACAGCAUGGGGUGCAACGCUUUCGGCGGAUUUCUAUGAGAAAACAUGCCCCAACGCCUUGCCAACCAUCAAAGGAGUUGUGGAGGACGCAGUCAAACAGGAACCCCGAAUGGGCGGCUCUUUGCUCCGCCUCCACUUCCACGACUGUUUCGUUAACGGUUGCGACGCUUCAAUUCUUCUGGACUCAACAUCCAGUUUUGACAGCGAAAAGGAUGCAGUUCCCAACAAGGAUUCUCUGAGAGGGUUUAGCGUCGUAGACAGAAUCAAGUCGGAGGUGGACAAGGCCUGCGGCAGCCCCGUCGUUUCCUGUGCCGACAUCUUGGCUGUUGCCGCUCGCGACUCUGUCGUUGCGCUUGGAGGCCCGACAUGGAAGGUGCAGCUAGGCAGGAGAGACUCAACCAGCGCCAGCAAAAGCAAGGCUGAAGAUGACAUCCCCUCCCCAUUCAUGGACCUUUCCGAGCUCAAAUCCAACUUCAAGAAGCAAGGCCUCUCCACCAAAGACCUGGUGGCGCUUUCCGGUGGCCAUGGCAUCGGUGUCGCUCAAUGUGUCAAGUUCAAGAAUCGGAUUUACAAUGAAAACAACAUCGACCCCGCCUUCGCCCGGGAGCGCCGCUCGACCUGUCCGGCCAACGGCGGGGAUGGGAACGUCGCUCCCCUCGACCAAACUGCAAACACGUUUGACACCAGGUAUUUCUCCAACUUGGUCAAGAGAAGAGGGCUUCUGCAUUCCGAUCAGGCCUUGUACAAUGGCGGUGAGACCGAUUCCUUGGUCAAGAAAUAUAGCACAAAUUCUGGGGCCUUUAGCCAGGACUUUGCCAACUCCAUGAUCAAGAUGGGUAACAUAAAGCCAUUGACAGGGAAGAAGGGCCAGAUUCGGGUCGAUUGCAAGAGGGUGAACUGAUCCUUGGCGCAUGCUUGAUUUUAUUUUAUUAUUGGAUUUCAGAAAACAUUAGGAUUUAAGACUGGAUUGGUUUGACAAUAAGAGUAUAUGAACUUCCCUAGAAAUCCAAAUGGAUAAGAGGGAAUUAUAAUAAGAUGGGGGUUUCCCGUAAAUUGAAGUGUGGAAUUAUUGGAUGAGGUGAUUGUAAUAAGUGAAGUCAAAACAAUUUGGAUCACAUAUUCACAUACAUCUUGCUCGAUUCUUAAUUAAUUAAUCAAGGUCAUCUAUA